AUGACUGUCGUGGAUAUGUAUCAACUGCGGCCCGUUACCGUGACCGGGCCGCUGCUACUCUCGUCUGGCACUAUUGAUGCUUCUGAUCCAUGGUACUGGAUUUCCUCAUCAACUUUGAGCCCUUCCACUUCCAGCUGCAAAGCCGUCUCUCGGUGGGAGUUCGAUUCACCAUGGAUCUGUGGAUCGCCACGGUACGCAUCAAAUGCCGAGGUCAGCGCUUCACUGGACAUGUCCGGUCCGCCUUUUGGAGGCGUCGUGCAUGUUGAAUUUUGGGUGUUUGGUUUCGACGUCAACUUUGGAGCUCCGCCACAGCCUCCUCCGGCUGUUAAUCUUGAGCGCUUCUGGAACGUUGUGCUCAAGUCGUCUGAGUCAUCGCCGCCAUCGAUGCUCACGUCAGAUGAUGGCAUGAAGAAGGGAAACGACAACAAAGAUGACGAAAAGAAGAAGCAGGACAAUCCGGCCAUUUUGCUAACAUGCGAGUCUGGCCUCGAACCGGCGCCUCCAGGGACGACGGCCAAAGAUGACGAUCCUUGGCUGAGGUUGGGUUUCGAGGUACAAAAGGAUGAAGUGACGAAGACGGGAGAUGAACAGGACGGUGGUGAACCUGACAAGAUUAACAAGAGAAAGCCCGCUCCGCUGGUUGGAAAGCCACCCAAGGAGCUGUUACGACGGUUUAAAACCACGGUGCCGGCUGUACCGUUGGUAGCAGUUGGACGUUAG